CCAUUAAGGAAAUAAUAAUAACAAAAAAAAUGUUUAUAAGCACAAUUGAUAUGUAAAAAAAACAUAAUUAUUCAAAUUAUUACAUAACUGGAAAAAAACAGAACUAGCAUAAUGUUUCAACGUUUUUUAAGAUUUACUAUGAAAUGUCAAAAUCCAGCGAAGAAAUUCUCAACGGCGACUCAGAAUAAUUUCAAGGUAUGCGUGAUUGGUUCCGCUGGUGGGAUAGGACAACCACUAUGUUUGCUUCUAAAACAAGAACUAAUGAUUACAUAUUUAAACCUUUACGACAUAGCAAAGGUCAAUCCUGGUGUCAAUGUUGAUCUGUCCCAUGUAAACACCACACCAAUCGUACAAGCAUUUACUGGUACUGACCAAUUGCCAUAUGCGCUUUGUGGAUGCAACGUCGUAGUAAUUACUGCUGGUAUGCCUCGUAAACCAGGAAUGUCUCGAGAAGAUCUUUUCGGUGCCAAUGCCGCAGUCGUCUAUGGAUUUGCUUGCGCUGUUGCUUGUUUCAGUCCAUGUGCUUUGGUGGCCAUUGUCACUAAUCCAUUAAACUCUAUGGUGCCAGUGUUUUCUGAAGUGCUAAUGAGGUGCGGAUGUUACGAUCCUUGUAAGAUAUUCGGUGUUACAACACUUGACUUAGUUCGCGCAUCGACAUUUGCUGGUCAAAUCUCUUGCGCAGACCCGUCAUAUUUAGAUAUUCCCGUUAUUGGCGGUCAUGCGGGGAAGACCAUAGUCCCAUUGCUGAGUCAGAGCAGACCCCCAUUGCCUUCAAUGACCCAGGAAGAUAUUCAAAAACUCACGGUUCGCAUUCAAGAGGCUGGAACUGAGGUCGUAAAAGCAAAGGCAGGUGAAGGCUCCGCAACCCUUUCCAUGGCUUUUGCCGCAGCUCGCUUUGUUAGAUCUCUAUUGAAAGGGUUAUCGGGUGAGCCAGUAAUAGAAUGCGCGUAUGUGAGAUCGUGCGCUACCGAUGCAGCUUACUUCGCAAAUCCUCUCGUCCUUGGUCGUUAUGGAAUAGAAAGAAAUCUUGGAUACGGCAAAUUAAAUGCAUACGAAGGUAAACAACUUCAGGAAGCAGUCCCCAUCUUAGUCAAAAAUAUUGAAGAUGGUGUCAAGUAUGUGAUUCAAAAAGCUGAUAUUAAACCACCAACAAAGUGUGAACCACCAAAGCCACCAUCUAAAACAAAAGGUUAAAUAUACUUCCCACAAUAUUAAAAACACCUAUGUGCAAUUUGAUAUGUUAAUCUUAAUCUUUCUAAAAUGUACCUAAUUUUAUAUUGAAGUGAACAGAGUUUCGAACUGAACCAGUACCAUUGUACAGUCGAUAUCCUAAGAUACCUGACCUUGUGGUUCUGAGAGUCUUGUUACGCAUUUAAGGUUGAAAUUUGUACGCUGUAUUUAAGUAAGUAUACGUUAAAGAUCAAAUUGAAUUAAAAUGUUUCUUAAAAUAUCAUUCACUAAUGAUGUAAUAACCAAAAUGGAUUUUACAGCUCACAGGUUAAAGGUUAAAUUUGGUUGACACUUUUCUUCGCACUUAUCUACCCAGAACGAAAUGGUCAGUUAGAACAUGUAUAUCUAGAACACUAUGUCAAAGGUUAAGAAAAAGCGAACUAUUGAUUAAGGGGAUCACUAGACUUCGUUCGUCCUAUUAUAUAUAUUUGUAGGCGUACAUUUAUUU